UUUUUGUUCUUCCGAAGCAAAGCUGCAAACGGAUUGGGCAAAGGCAAAAACGAAUUGCCCGACUGUUGUCAGUGGAAGACACCAAUUGACCAAUACCAACAGCCAACCUCUUUCCAUCAGAUGAGAAAAGAUUCCCACAAUCCAUCAUCAGCUCCUUUGCCAUUUUCUUUUUUGGAAGAAAUACUAAUUGUCACAACACAACAAAAUGAGGCUUUUGCUUGUUUCUUUCUUGGCGGCGUCGGCGGCAGCUUUUUCGAUCAACGGUCCGGAAAAGCAGUCCAAGACGGCGCUUCAUUACUACCGAGCCCACUCGCGAUUUGACGUCCCCGAGCAGGGACCGAUUCAAGUGGAGAAGCAAGGCCCAGCGGUGUUACAAGGAGGAGCUGAAAUUGAUUGGGCUCUUGGUCCCGAGAUCCCUACCUCCGAGGCCGACGCCGACUCGGCCCACUUGCCACCCCAGUUUGAUGUGAGCCAGCAAGGAUCCAUCUUGGUGGAAAAGAGCGGUGUUGCUGCGCUUCAGGGUGGUGCGGAGAUUGAUUACUUUCUCGGACCACCCAUCCCUGAUGGGGAACAAUCCUCGUACUACAUGGAGCCCAAGUUUGAUAUCCCCGCGCAAGGAUCCAUCAUGAUGGACAAACACGGCGUCACGCAAGUCCAGGGUGGAGCUGUCGUGGAUUGGCAGCAGCAAUGGCAGUAAAAAAACGCUGAUCUAUCCUUUGUUGACGCAGCCAGAAUAAGUUGCACGGAUAAAACAAGAAAAAGUGGCGGGAAUGAAUGUGUUGGUGCGGACACCGAGUUGCCAAUGUUGAAAUUGUCAGGACGAGUUUUGGGUCGAAAAUUACCAGAAGUGACCUUAGAAGUGCUCGGUGAUGUCUCCUGAUAUAUUUCCUUUGUAUUCUAUGAGCAAAAAGAAUAAUGAAUAGCGGUUUCUUUUUGUGAAGU